UUAAGAUAGAAUAAAAUACCAUUUUAAAAUUAGAUCAAAUUAAAUAAAAUACAUACAAUUAAAUAAAAUACAGUUACAGUACAGUAAUAUGUUGUAAGUUGCCCCAAAUGCAACAAAGGAAAUAAAAGUGCAGUAGAGAAACCGAUCAAUCAAAGGCACAGGAGAACAAUAAAGUUUUUCAUUUAGAUUUGGAGCUGGCUAGGGUUGGGGCGCAUUUGCGAUCAUCAGGAAGUUGGUUCCAUCCGUGUGCAGCAUUGUAGCUAAAAGCAGCUGGGUUUAUAUUCUUCAAGGAGAUCAGUGAUGUAUUUUGGCCUGAAAUUAUUGAGUGAUUUAUAAACUAGCAGCAGCACUUUAAAAUCAGUUCAAUCAGCCAGUGUAAAGAUUUAAGAACAGGAGUAAUGUGCUCUGUUCUCUUGGUUCUCGUUAGAACUCUGGCAGCAGCGUUCUGACUAGUCCACCCUGGAUAUAAAGGCAUGAAUGAAUUUCUCUAAAUCUUGUCUGGACAUGAGACUUCUAUGAGAUGAUAAAUUGCUGAUUUAGUUAUUGCCUUGAUGUGGCUGCUGAAGCUCAGACCUGAGUCUAUUGAAACACCAAGAUUUCUAACUUGGGUUCUCAUCUUUAUAGCUCUGGAAUCAAGCUGAGCAAUAACUUUCAUUCUUUCUUCUUUGUUGCCAAAUACAUUGAUUUCUGUCUUGCCUUUAUUUAAUUGACAGAAAUUGAAUUGCAUCCAGCUGUUUGUCUAAGUGAGUCUAAGGGACCAUAGUCACUUGAUAAAACAGCUAAGUAAAUCUGAGUGUCAUCUGUGUGAUUCCACAUGUCGCGGUGAUCUGCUCAGAUUGAUGGUCACCAGCGGCAACAACGUAGCCCCUGCCUUCGUGAAAUGAUCUGAACCAACCAAGGACUGUGCCAGAUAAUCCCACCCACUUUUCCAGUCUGUCUAGAAGUAUUUUAUGGUCCACAGUAUCAAAGGCUGCACUAAGAUCAAGCAGCACUAAAACUGAUGUUUUACCUGAAUAAGUAUUCAGACAAAUAUCAUUUAAUGCCUUGAUCAGUGCAGCCUCAGUGCUGUGAUGUUGCCUGAAGCCAGAUUGAAAUCUGUCCAAAAGGCCAUUAACAUUUAAAGAUAUUGAGGUUUCUCAAUAAUUUUUCCAAUAAAUGGAAGGUUAGAGAUGAGUCUGUAAUUAUUCAAAAGUGAAGGAUCCAAGUUGCCUUUCUUUAGAAGGAGCGUAACUGCAGUUUUCAGUGAUUUUAUAAAAAAAAGAAAAAGGUUUGAAAAAGGUGCUUAGCAGGGUGUCACAACAGCAGGUGGAUGAAUUAAGAUGCUUCCUCCAGAGUUUUAGUAUUGAUAGUGUUGAAUGAUGACAAUCUGGCCAAACAGUUUCUGUUGCAGCAGUGGUCUGAUUCCAUUGUUUGCCAUGGAGGAAUUUAUUGGCCACUGACCAAAUCAGCUGAUAGAAACGGAUCUGAUCUAUCAUUAGAAACUGACAUUUUAAAGACAACACAGAAAUGGUCAGAAAGGUUUACAUCCCUGACAGCCAUGCUAGAGAUAUCAACACCCUUGCUGGUAACCAAAUCCAGUGUGUGUCUUUGGUUGUAUGUGGGCCCCCAAAGAUUUCAGUUAGAUCACAGAAAUCCUUGGCAGUUUUGUCUUUGAGAUUAUCAAUGUGAAUGUUAAAAUCUGCAGUAAUGACAAGAUCUGUUGAGAUAACAGAAAGGAGUUCAGUAAAAUGGUCAACAAAAUUUGUAGAGGACAUCAGGGGUCUGUGAAUUGUUAACAUCUGGAUUUUUGGUGUGCUUUUCAACUCAGUGCAAAGCUAUUCAAAGGAGGCAAAAUAACUGUUACCACAUAACUGCUUGCACUGAAAUGAGUCUUGAAAUAUAGCAGCAACACCACUACCUUUCCUGUCAGUUGGAGGGGCUGACUCAAUGAGAACUGGUGCACUGCUACUAGUGUCCAGCCAGGUUUCAGUUAAAAGUGUUAAGAUCGUUAAUUAAAAAUGACUUGUUGGUAAGCGAUCGAAUUUUCAGCAGAGCUAGCUUUGUAGAAUUGGGGGGGGGGCUGAGCAGACUGAAUAUGGCAUGGAAUUUGUAACAUAUUAGCUGGAUUUGAUGACUGAGCACAGUGCACCAUUCUGUUUCUAUUGCCUAUCAAGACAGUUAUAAGUAAAGCUAGUUACCUACUAGUAGUUGGCAUGUUGGGUGGGGACUCUGACGCCCCUCAUGUUUUAAACUCUCUUCAGACGUGGGCUGAGUCGUUGGCUUUCCAUGUGGCCUUUUGCUUUGAGAAUUACUCUCAGUCGUUACCCUGCUGUGUGAAGAUGAGAGGUUAAGCAGGAGAUCCAGUGUCCUGCAGCAGUGGUGCAAUUCUGUUCUCAAGUUGUACACUUUGCUUUUUGAGUAGUUUGUGGCUAACUCUUCCUUUUGCAGCUUUCCAUGGCUGUGUGCUGCUAAACACAGGCGAGGCGCUCUGCCUGGAUGGUACUGCAGGCCAACCAAUGGGAUUGCAAAUCUCAGGGCGCUGGGCUCUGGCUAUCACUUGUCCUCCCAUUUCCCAAGGAAAUAAUUUAUUCUUAAGCUUUGCACUAAGCCUAAGAAGGGCAUGAUCCCUCACUGGCUUCCCACUGGUGAGUGAUCACAGGCUGCGUUUGAUGGGCACCCGGCCAAGCUGGAGCCGUUGCUGCAGGAGAUUGAAGGCUGACUUUCUGUGGUGAUUUUUACCCUACAUGUGUCAUUUUCUUUGCAUAUUGGACAGAAAUGGCAGACUGCCACUAGAGAAAUUUUAGCAGAAAAUAAGAACGUUGGCUCCAAUGUCAGCAAGAAACUGUAUCAAAUACUCAAUGUUUCAAACAACUUAAAAUUCACAUGCCAAAUAAAAGAGGUAUACAACACUGCCAUUAAAAAAUGUCAGAUUUUGCACUGUAUUUGAGAAACAUUCAACUGUGUGCCAUUGUCAGUGGUGCGUCAUUGCCUUGUGUCACACAUAAAAACAGUAAGCCUGGAAAUUGCACAAGAGUUAGCUCAAAGGAUUGAUCAUGACACUGAAUCGGUUUUGAUCAAACCUGCCUGAUGGGUUCAUUACUCACCUCUGUUUUCUCACUGAAGCAGUUAAUUAUAAAUUGGUGUGGUGCACUGAUGACAUUGGUGUGGCACGUGGUGAUACUAAUCGUAUUUUAUUUAGACAAAAAUGACAGGACAAUGGUUGUCAGUUUUCAUUAGGUGUACCUGCCCUAUGGGCUUGACCAGCCUUGGGAACCUCCACCCUUCUUGGUUGUUUAUUGUGUGGGCCAAAGGUUAUUAUCUUAUAUGUGAAUGAGUCAUGGAGGACACAGGGUAAUUUAGAACAACCUACAAGCUCUGAAUCUGUGACUGUUGCAUCCCACUGAACUCAAUUUUGACAUGAUCCUACCUUUGACUUGACUUCAUUUAAGAAAUAAAAAAUAAAUCUGAAUAUGUUGAACAUUCAACUGUCCAAGCAUGGUUCUAAUUUUAGUGGCACUUGGAUGCCUCACGUUCCAUGAAGCAGGAGAAAAGCUGAACCAAAUCCACCACAGGCUGUCUAAAACCAUUAAAUUCCUAGGAGCAAUACUGAUUAUAUGACCUCACUUGUAGCUAUGGCUCUGCCUGGCAGAUGUUACAUCUGCCAUACCCUUGUGUAAGCGUACGUAAAUUUAUCCUGAAGGGUUGAUUUGCCAUUCAAAAAACACUCCCUUUCUGAAGUGUAUGUUAUUCAAGAUCAGUAAAACAGCUGACCACUCAGCUUCUUCACUAUGAUAAAUUACAUGAUUAUGCAGCUCACUGACUAAUCUGAUAUCAUUUUAGAAAUAAAUAAACACCUUAAUGUUGGCACAUUUAUUGUAUUUAAUUUGUAAAGUGGCUUAUUUAAUUUUUUUUAUUUCUUUGUGCUUAAUAAAUACACUGAAAUUUGUUAUACAUUAUUUUAAGUCUGUGUUAUGAUGAUGUCAUAAAAGGUGUUCUAUUAUUAGAACUGCACGAAAAAUGUAAUUUCACUGACCAUCUCUAACCUGUAGCUUUGGUGAGCUGAAUACCAAAUUGCAGUAAGUUUCUGCUUUGACAUAGUGAUUUUUCAAAGGCAUCAUUAGGCAACUUGGUGGUAAAAAGAUGCCAGGGAGUUGCUGCUUAUUUCUGGUCCAUUAUUCUUAAACUAUACAAAAUGAUGUAACUUGGAAAGUGAAAGUCUUGGCAAGAAGCAACAGCGGUCAGAAAGAGGCUGUCACCAAAAGUGACUUAAGGACAUUUAAUGGGAUAUUGGAAAAACAACACAACAGACUACAGUGGCAUAAAUUACCAUAAAGUGGAUUCAACACCUCCUGACACAGUGGAAAACUGAACAUUGCUAAACUUACAGUAUUGCACUUUUAAAGCAUUGGAUUGUACUAUAUUGUACAGGUGUCAGGUAUUUUGUCUAUCCUCUAUAUAAAAAUAAUUAAGCAUACUAUUAUUUCAUAAUGGUCUGCCACCAGAUUGAGAACAAACUAUCCAGAUAUAUAAGUUUUUCUUCAGAUGUCACUGGCUUCAUUCUCUACAAAUUCUGAGAGUCAUUUGUUGAGAAGUUUGGGCUGAAACGGUUUUGCAUUGAGGCUAAAGCAGGCACCAUGACAACGUGCACAGGGAGCUACAACUGAGAUAGUCUUUGGCCCGCUGCUGAAGUCACUGCUGGCUGUUGUCACACACACAGCAUCAUGAAGUUGCAUCAGCACCAUGUCAAGCAUGAAUUUCAAGUACACUGCUCAGCUGUCAAUGGGCUGUGACUCUCACAGCUGACUCCACUGGCGGUACUGGACCCUGAAUGCUAACUGAAGUAUUUGUGUUGAAGAAAAGUUUCCAGGGCGACUUCAGGGCCGCUGCCAUGGCCUUUCUCACUGUUAGUAAUCCCUACAUGCUGCACUAAAACUUUGAAAAUAGGCUUGGGAGGAUGGAGGCACAGCUAAGGAAGCAGGACCAUGAACCUAUUAAAAAACUGCAAUGACUGUUGUGGAUACUUCUUUUGUUUUAACAAUUAUGUCCUUGAAGUAAAGUUUGACAGAAAGGUUGUGACGUGUGAAGUCCUAUCCAAUAAAUAGUUACACUCAAUAGUGUCAUUUUCAGAGCGAGGAUUUAAGCCAGGACUACAGUAUUCAGGGCUACAAUGUUUUUGACUGCAUCAUAAUAAUAAUAAUAAUAAUAAUAAUAAAUAAACAAUAAACUAGCACCAAAACAGAGUUUACAAAGUGAAACAGUAUACCCAGAAGGCAUUAUAACAACAGAAAUGCCAAACAAAACAAAAUUACAACUUAAAAACAAUGAAAAACAAUGGAAAUAAAAACAAAUGGAAACAAUAAAAGCAAGAAAUAAGAAGAAUAAGAAGACGACCUCACAUAAAGCAAGUCUAUCAAGAUGAGUUUAAAAGAAAUCACUGAUUCUGCGAGCCUUAUCUCCUCAGGCAGGCCGUUCCACAGCCGAGGGGCCCUGAUGGCAAAAGCACCUUUAAAGUCACCUUUAGAUUUAAGCCUCGACUUUGGAACAGCCAGAAGGGCCCCACCUGAGGAUCUAAGGCUGCGAGCUGGCUCAGUGGGGUCAACAUUUCUAUUAUGUAUCUAGGGGCCAGACCCACACAUGCUUUAAAAGUGAUCAGUAAAAUCUUAAAAUCAAUUCUAAAAUGAAGAGGGGAGAGGAGAAACCAGGAGUGGGGUGAUGUGACGGUGCUGACCUUUGAGGGAAAGGAGAGCCGGGCCCUGCGAGUAGUCCCCAAGCUUCUACUACAAAAUAUUUCACAAAGAAGCACACAUUUUGCUGUGCCACUUUCUGGUGUCAAAAGUACUGCGAAUGACAUUUACAACUUCAAUCUUCUUACACAACUGGCAAAAACUUGACAGACAGAAGAUUAUAGAAUCACAUGAACAAACAAAAAUAUGAUGGUGGUAUAAAAGGGUGCAGAGGGACGAACAGGACUUUACUAUAUGUUCAAUUUGUCCCAUAACCGGAGUCAUUUAUCUGUUCGAAAAUGAUUUCAUUUGUUUCAGUCUAAAGUUCUUUGACAUCUCUUUUCAUGAUAAUUUCCUGGUUGCAGUGACCUAUUAUUGUUAUUAUUUUAUUUGUUUUUAUUUAACCAGGAAGUCCGUUGAGAUUCAAAUCUCGUUUUCGAGGGAGACCUGGCCAAGAUAGUGCACCAUUGUUGAUUAGACUCUUGGCGAGCCAGUAAUUCUGAUUUUAUUCAGUUAUUGCACUUAUUGUCAGUUUUUCUGGGCCAACAUUGUCAGCUCACAUACCUAUAGUAAAAUGUAAAACUUUAGCUGAAAAUUAAUUUCCUCAAUCCUUAAUCUCCUACAUUGCACACCCAUGGAUGCAUUAUACCCCUGUAUAUAAAAACUGUCUAUCAAUCAAUAUAUGUGAGAGCGAUAAUGUAGUGUCAGUAUUAUCUCAUGUUUUUCUCUGGGAUUGUAGAGUUCCAGGUGGCUGAAAAAGGUUAUUUUUUAAAUCAGUCAGCCGAGGACAAGAGAAACGCCAUACCUCUGAGUUACUCUAGUGUGGGCGGGUUUACUUAACCUUCGCAAUGGGCUCCCUGCUUUAUGUGAAUAUAUAAGGACAGGUUCAGCAAUGCACACAAAACUAAGAUAUGUCUUUAUUGUUAUUGUUAUUAACAUUUUUGACUCUUCUCUUGUAAACUGUCCACAAAAAUGGCUUGUUAUUUCACUGUAAUUUUCCUUACGUUGCUCUGCAUUGUUCUUCCAAGUUUUUCAACUAAUGAAGCGAGACAUUUAAACUCCACAUCUGUCAGAGAAAUGCUUGUCUCCUCAUAUCAAGAAAGCCUUCAAAUUGUACAUGAAGCCUUUCUUCACUCCAGACAACGACGAAACACAUCCUCGUCUUCCACGAAUGUGUUUACAUUCCUUCGGCAAACUGAGCCUGAGACCCUGGAGAUUUCUCGAGCUGCAGAGGUUUUUCAAACAACUCUGCAAGUCCUAAAGAACAGAGCAAGACAGAGACAUAAAAGGGAUGUCACGGCACCAGAAUUGCUUUCAUGGGAGGAUGUGGAGCUGAUUGCAGAGCUGUCUCAAUGUCCUCCUGCAACACAUCCAACCAUCUGUCAGCACAGUCAUCUCAACAAGUACCGCUCUAUAUCUGGCCUCUGCAAUAACAGGCAAAAUCCUCUCUGGGGAGCAGCCAACACUCCCUUGGUCAGAUGGCUUCCAGCUGAAUACGAAGACGGAAAGAGAGAACCCAAGGGUUGGAACCGAGGACGGCUCCAUAAUGGAUUCCAGCUUCCCCCGCCAAGGGAAGUUAGCAAGGAAAUACUGAGGAGCUCUUCUAAAUGGAAAGAUGAUGUGUAUUCGCACCUGCUGGUGGAGUGGGGCCAGUACAUUGACCAUGACAUAAGCUUUACCCCUCAAAGCACCGGCAGUGCUGCUUUUUGGACUGGCGUGGACUGUCUGAACACAUGUGAAAACAUGCAUCCAUGCUUUCCCAUUGAGACAGGCGAUAUUAUCUCUGGUGCACAAGACUGCAUGCCUUUUUAUCGCUCCAUACCAGCCUGUUUCAUCAAUUUUGCGUCUGAUAUUGCACAAGCUCUGCAGCGACAACAGAUGAAUGCCAUCACAUCAUUCAUGGAUGCUCAGGUUGUGUAUGGCCACACUCCAAAACUGGAGAGCUUCCUCCGUGACCUCUCUGGCCUUAAUGGGAAACUUGCUGUCAAUGACCAAUUCAAGGAUCCCAAAGGAAGACCCUACCUUCCAUUCGUAGCCACUCUGCCGUCAGCCUGCCUACAGGAUCCGCACGGGGAGAGAGUGGAGUGUUUCAGUGCUGGAGACAGUCGGGUCAAUGAGGGUUUGGCUCUGACCUCUUUGCAUACACUGUGGCUUAGAGAACAUAAUCGAAUUGCAGAGGCAUUGAAACACAUGAAUGGUCACUGGAGCCCGGAGACUAUAUACCAAGAAACUCGAAAGAUUAUUGGAGCUCUGCACCAGAUCAUAACCAUGCGAGAUUAUGUUCCAAAAAUUAUUGGCCCGGAGUCUUUUGAACAUUACAUUGGCCCCUAUGGAGGAUAUGAUCCAACUACGGACCCCUCAGCCUCCAAUGUUUUUGCCACCGCUGCAUUCAGGUUCGGCCACGCUACCAUCUCUCCGAUCCUCAGGAGACUGAAUGAGAGCUUCCAGGAACAUGAGCACUUCCCCCACUUGAGACUGCACAACACUUUCUUCAGUCCGUGGAGAAUAGUCAAAGAAGGUGGAAUUGAUCCAGUCCUGAGAGGUAUAAUUGGAACUGAAGCACAAGCUGUUAGCGCAAACAUGCUGUUGACAGAAGAGCUAACAGAGAGGCUGGUCGUCCUUAACGUGCGGCAGCACAUGGACCUGGCUUCACUGAACCUGCAGAGGGGACGAGAUCACGCUCUUCCCGGAUACAAUGAUUGGAGAGCAUUCUGUGGACUGAAGUGCAUUAAAACACUGGAUGAUUUCAAAGAGAUUGUGAAAGACUUCAAGGUUGCUGAGAAGAUAUUAAAAAUAUACAAACAUCCUGACAAUAUCGAUGUAUGGCUUGGAGGGCUUGUUGAAAACUUGUUGCCGGGCUCAAGAACUGGUCCCCUCUUUGCUUGCCUGAUUGGAAAGCAGAUGAAGGCGCUUCGUGAUGGCGACAGGUUUUGGUGGGAGGCUGAAGGUGUGUUCACCCAGCAACAGAAGGCUGAGCUUUUAAAAGGUUCUCUGUCUCGGAUCAUCUGUGACAACAGCGACAUAAGGGAAGUCCUUCCUGAUUCUUUCAGGUUCAGGAAAUACCCCUCUGAUUACAUCUCUUGUGAUCAUAUACCAUCAAUGAAUUUGGAAGCUUGGAGAGAGGAGAAGAGCCGAGUUCCAGGCUUAGAACAGUGUGGAACUCCAAGAAAGAUAAAGAAUGGGGAUUUUAUUUUGUCCUCCACAUCUGGCAAACUGGUCGCUCUGUACUCCUGUUACCAUGGUUUCAAGUUAAAGGGUGCCACUGCAAUAGUUUGUGAGGGAAAUCGAUGGAGUGAUCAACCCCCACAAUGUACAGGGUAUCAUCAGUAAGUUGUUGACAAUGCAGCGGAUCCAGAAAUGCUUCAUAGUUUUAUAACCAAGCUCAGGGAAACAUUGCUAUCCUUGUCUCUAUUUAUCUAUAAUUCAUGAUUGUGUUGAUUAAAAGUUUGUUUUUUGAAACAUGGAAUAAGACACUUUUUAAAUUAAACUUUCUUAUAAAAAAUAUUUAAUGAUAACUGCUGUUAUGUUGUAACCUGUUUAACAUUUGGUAUACUUUUAUUCUCUUAUUAAUUACAGUAUGUUGAAUUUUGUUCAAUAAAAAUACAUACACACUAAACUGUA